AAGGUUGGUCUUCACUUUUAACUCUAGCAAACGUUAGCUAAAUGGAGCGGACUGUGGGCAAAACGAUACGCUUUCAUAAACAUAACACCGGGGUCAAUGAUAAUAUGUUCCUCGCCCCUAUGGUCAACAGCUGCAAGCUGCACCUUACAAAUGUCAAAUCAAUUGUACCAGAGAGAGCCCAGAGGAUGUCUGAGUCUCAAGAUAUUGUAAAAGAAACAAACAUGACUUCUGCCCAGACCAUAAAUCAUUCUAACCCAGAAAACAGGUUGCAUGCAUUCAGCCAGAGAAGAUUUGUCCAGACACCUCCGGUGCCAUCAUUUGCCAGUGACUCUACAGAUUGUCCUGCACACAAUCUAGUAUCACUAGCAGGUGGUACUCAGAGUGGUUUGGCUAUGGAUUCACAUGCUGCACAAGAAGCAAGAGACAAAUCUAAGAGACCAAUGCAGAAUGCAACGGCCGCUUACUACCGCAAUGUCUUUAACCAUCCCAAGGCAGCAGGUGGUUCUGGAGGAUAUCGUUACAACGCGGUCCCUGAUUUUCCAUUCACUCGAUUGCCUUGUGACAGUUUUGCAUCCAAUUUUCAACGAUUUGACUUGGACAGGCGCUGUCUGGAGGAAUGCCCCCAGCUGGCAUUUAUGGAAGACCUGCAACUUCUCAACCUCCAGCACAAUCUAAUCACAAGGAUCCAGCAUUUGUCACAAAUGCAACAGCUUGUUUUCCUGAACUUGUAUGACAAUCACAUCUCUGAAAUGACUGGUAUUGAAGCUCUAAGCUCUCUUAGGAUUCUUAUGCUCGGGAAGAACAGAAUCCAGAAGAUUUACUGCCUGGGAAACCUGUCCAAACUGAAUAUCCUAGAUCUGCAUGACAAUCAGAUCUGCAGGAUAGAAAACGUGUCUCACCUGAGUGAGUUGCGGGUGUUGAACCUGGCAGGAAACAACAUCUCCAGAGUAGAAAAUCUGCAGAGGCUGUACUGUUUGACUGACCUCAACCUGAGGCACAACUGCAUAUCUUUUGUGACUGAGGUGGACCGCCUGCCCUGCUUGCAGCGCCUCUUUCUCAGCUGCAACAACAUCACCAGUUUUGAUCAGCUAGCCUGCCUUGGAGAGUCGCGCUCCCUUUCUGAGCUCACCCUGGAUGGGAAUCCUGUAGCCCUGGAGACAUGGUACAAGCAGGCCGUCCUGCGCUGUGUGCUUCAUCUGAGACAGCUGGAUAUGAAGCGCAUCACAGACGAGGAUCGGCGCAUGGCUGGUGUACAAGCUCGAAAAGAGGAGGAGAAGAAGAGGGAGAGUCACAAGCAGACCAUUCAUAAGGAGAAGCGGCGUCUGGCGAUCCGUAAUGCAGCGCAGCAGUGGGAGGGUGUUAGGGCCUGCCUGGAGCUGCCAUCAACAAAUGGUGCAAAAGAAGAAGUCAGUCCAGAGAACAGCCCAGCCCAUAGCCCCGCCCAAUCCAAUGGUCUCACACAGGAGCCUUCUCCAGAUGAGCCAAGGCGGGUAAGCCCAGGUUCAGGACCAGAGCGACCAUCAGGUGGAACAGAGAGCAGACUCCGCACCAACAGUCGUCCAAACAGCCCACGAGAUCCCAAGCUUCUGGAGGCAGGAAGCGGCAGUGUUCAGAGUUUGUCCCUGUCUGACAGUCACCUGGCGGAGCUGGAUGGAGACACCCUGCGUUUGUUUGGACUUGGAGCCCUGGAGGCCCUGGAGAGGGGUUGGGGAGUUCAGACCGCUGGUGCUGUCACUGUAAUAACCUUCCGAUACAUCAACUUUGACGCUAUUGUACCAACACUGCCGCGAAUAAGGGUCAAGUUCCCCAAUCUAUCGCACCUGAUCUUCUUGGAAACCAACAUCAGCCGUCUGCCGCAGCUGGCAGCCCUGGCUCAGGUGAGGCGUCUGGACCAGCUGACUAUCCACCCAGAGGGCAACCCAGUGGUCAGUCUGGCUCUAUGGCGCUCCUUCGUCAUCUACCGCCUCCACCACUUCAACCUGCAGAGGAUCAAUGGCCAGGAGGUUACCAUGAACGAUGUGAUCGCUGCAGAGCGUGUGUUUGGAACACUGGGUCAUAUAGCAGCCACCGAAACUCCACGUUGCCGGCUCCUGCUACUGCUGGAGGAGUCCAGGAAGCGGCAGCUGCAAUUCCUGUUGGAGGGGCGUGGACGACGAGCAGGGAUGAGUCCAGAGGAGCUACGAGACAACGGGAAGCUCCUGGGCGAAAGCCUGAGUAGAGCGCUGUUCAAUUACCCAAGCAGAGACUGCAGUGCAGACAGCCCUGAGGAGGGCACUGUGGAGUCAUCGGAGCGUGCUUCCAUGAUAGAGCAGUACCUCCAGGAGCUGGUCCAAAGAGCAUCAGACACCAAUCUGAAGGGCGAGGCUCUUCACAAACUCUGGCCGUCCAUGUUUGCAGAGAUGGUGAGAGACUGUGUGUUGGAGAUGAGGGACCGAGCGGCCUUCUGCCAAGCCAGCCUUGCAAAGCUCUCCGAGACCAAGUGAAGAGGACCAAAGGUUCACUCUUUGACCACACACACACACCGCGCACAUGUGGACAUUGUUUUCCUGGUGGCCUCCAGUCUCAAAUGCCAUCUAUAACACGUCAUCACUUAGUGACUUUAUCAGUUAUUAAAAUGUUUGGAAAUGAUGGGUGUAUUUCUCCAGUGUGGGGAAACUCUCUCUCUUAAGAUGGAUGUAGACUGUUUUAAAGAUAGCUAAAGAAACUGUCAUGACAAAGGCAUCUUGAUUGAAUGUAGAUUUUCACUUUAAACGCACUGUCUGAUUCUUUAGUGCUUGGAGCUGUAACAUACUUGAGGAAAGUUAUAGGGACUAAGAGACUCAAGGUGCAUUGUGGUCCCUACGGAGCAUCCUCUGCACUUUAAAAGCCUUCUGAAUGACCCCUCUUCAUCAUUACCGCCAUCAGCUGAAAAUGACCGGUGUCUCUUUUCUCGAGACUAGAAUGAUUUUUCUGUGGCUUAAAUCUUGUUUCACUGCAUUGAUCUCUCACUUUCUCCUGCCUGACAUAAAAGAAGGGCACAAACAAGGACAAUGACUUUUCUUUGUUUACCACUGAU